UCCGAAAUCAUUAUCCACUAUCCAGCCACCAGUUGUCGUGUGUCCCUCUGCGGUGGUCGUAGUCGCCAACAUCAACAACAACCGUCGCACCAGCACUUGGGUGCGAACGUUUCGUUUAUGAAUUUAUAGUCGAUAACAAUACACAUAAAAAGGGGUAUAAGUCGCGCGAGUGUUAAAUACCGAUCUCUAACUCGAACCGGUCCACGUCGAUCCGAUAUUUUCACCAUCGCCCGAGUCGUCAAACCGUUUUUUUUUUUUACUGGGAGUUUGAAUUGAGAAAUCCGCCGCGACAUGGCGACACGUAUAUCCAUUAUAGUGUUUGUAACACUAUUGGCUUACGUAUGCAAUACAAGUGCCAUUCUAUCUGAACAACUUGACUGUCCAGAAGAUUGCGAUUGCCAUUUCUUCAGAAUUAACUGGGUGACAGACUGUUCGGAAAGUAACUUGACAUCCAUGCCAUAUGAAGGACUCGACAGCAAUGUCUACGUACUUAAUAUGAACGGAAAUCUCCUAAAAGAAAUCGAACCGUUCCCAGCCGAUAUCAAACUUAGGACAUUGCAGUUGUCCGAAAACUUUUUAACGAAAAUUCAAAAAACAACGUUUGCUGGACUUCAUUACCUACUGGAUAUAGACUUGUCGUCUAACUUGAUCAAUUAUAUUGAUCCUGAAGCAUUUGUGGAUAGCGCUGGAUUAAUUACGUUAGAAUUACAAGGAAAUCCAUUGGAACAAGUCGAAGGUCCAUUCUUAUACUCCAAGUCUUUACUGUAUCUAUACCUGGCGAACAGUCAUCUAACAAAAUUAUCACCGCAGUUUUUCGCCAAUAUCAGUGGUCUAGACAAACUUGAUAUUUCUGGAAACCCUCUUCAUAUCAUUGAACCAGGCAUAUUUGAUCCUCUUACAAGUUUAAAACAUUUAAUUCUAAAUAACUGCAAUCUUACACACAUAUCGAGCGUAGCUUUUAGUAGUCUCGGCCACCUGACUGUAUUGGAACUGGCUGGAAACAGUCUCAAAAGUCAUGUUGACUGGACCUUAAUACUGGGUAAUCUAGGCAGAUUGGAACAUCUCGACUUAAGGCAAUCAGGUGUAUCAAAUUUACCAGAAAAUGUAUUUUUCAAUAAUACUUGGCUAAGAGGUUUAGUGUUGGCUGAAAAUGAAUUAUCUGAUCUUGACGUGGCUACUACUUUGGGUCACAAUUUAGUUCAUUUAGAUUUUCUGGACCUCAGUUAUUGUCAUUUAAAAGGACCUUUAUCUGAAGAUGCAUUCGCUAAUGCAACGAAAUUACGUACCCUCAUAUUAUCUGGAAACCAUUUAUCUGCAGCAGAUUUAGCAGUAGCUUUAUCGCCUUUAUUAAAACUAGUGAAACUUUCAUUAAGAGACUGUGGAUUGACAAGGUUGCCUGCUAACACUUUCCAUAAAUUUACUAGUUUACAAGAAUUGGACAUAUCAAGAAAUCCUUUAAACAAUGCCUUUACAGCACUUUUAUCUCCGUUGGAAUCAUUGGAACAUUUAGAUAUGGGUUACAGUAAUUUGCAAAGAAUAUCCAGAACGACUUUCUUAAAAAUGUCUGCUCUAAAAACGCUUAUUUUGUCUGGAAAUAAACUUAAAAGCCUCGAAUCAGGUUUAUUCCAAAAUCUUACGCGUUUGGAAGUAUUAGAGUUGAAUAAUUGUGGUCUUAGUCGUCUAAAUGAUACAGUGUUCUACGAUAACUUUACAUAUCCAGACUUGGAAGAGUUAAGACUUUCAGGAAAUCCUCUCCAAGUUCCCGAAGAAGGACCAAUACUGCCACCUCAAUUAUCAGGUUUAAAGAAUUUGGACAUGAGUAAAUGUAAUUUGAGUUAUUUACCCGUUGACGCUUUCACUACAACGCCUAACAUUAGUCAGUUGUUGUUGAACGAUAAUAAAUUAAAGAGUGACGAAGAAGGGUCUAUGAAGUUUUUGGAAUCGCUGACUGGGCUGGAACAGUUGGACUUGAGUUUCAAUAAUAUCACGGCAAUCAAACCUGAUAAAUUCGGGUAUAACCAUCAACUUAUGUCGUUACGACUGGUUGGUAACCCUUGGAAAUGCGAUUGUUAUGUUGUGGAUAUGUGGGAAUGGGCUGCGUCGUCCAAAGGAAACAUAGGCGUGUUAGUGGGUUCUACGAAAUCAAUCGCUUCUAAUGUAAACAAUAAAAAGACCAAAGGAUUGGUGUGCAAUUUCGAUCCCAAGAGCACGCCUAUUAAGGAAGCCAAACUGAGAAGACCCGGAAGAGAACUCACAACUAGUGUACAACGUACGUGGGCCAGGUAUGUGCGCGAGGCGAAUUGUCCACACAGCCCAGUGGCAGCAAGACCAGCCAGGAUCGUUACCAGAGAAGUUCACGAGUAUCAGCCGAUGUUGUCAGAAAUCGAAACCGAAACGCAAAACAAAUGGUUACCACUAAUAAGUUUCUGCGCUGUUUUGUUAUUGGUUUCAGUAGUGAUGAUGAGUGUAUUAAUAAAACGUAAAGAAAACCCAACAAAGAAAGACAAAGACAUCUCGUGCGAUUAUUCGCAAGAAGACAAUGAUGUGGUGCAAUUUAAAGGAACUAAAAAUGUAUCCCGUAGAACCAUCAAAUGACAAACUUGUAUUAGAUAAACUAAAUUCCAGUUAUUUCAGUUUUAACCCAUCACAUUUUACCACUUUCUACAUACCAAACAAACAUUAUAAAAAUCAAUAAAUGUAUACUUGGAAU